UUCUUGUCUAACUAACCUAACCUCUAACUCUCUUCUUGUUUGUUUGAUAAAAAGUUCGAAGCUUUGAUCUUCACGACUUCACCCAUGAACAUAUUGCUUCUUUGCCGAGGAAGAAAGCUUCUAUGAUCUUCUGGUGACAUCUGGGUUUUCAAGCUUGACGCGAGUUGCAGCUAAGUUUGUUGCGUUAUGCGUGAAAUGUGGGGGAAGUUACAGAUGCUAAGAAGGUGUUCGAUGGAAUGCUCAAGAGAGAUGUUAGUGGGCAUUUACCAGAAAUCCUUUGAUAUCUUUAGAGAAAUGAAUGGAGAAGGUGUAAAUUUUGAUGCUUUCAUCGUUCCUAUCCUUCUUAAAGCCGGUCGUAAUCUGCUUGGUCACGGAUUAGGAAGAUGAUACAUUGGAUGGUGCUCAAGUGUUCGUUUGAGUCUGAUGCUUUUAUAGUUAGCUCGCUUGUUGAUAUGUAUUCGAAGUUUGGAGAGGUAGAGAAUGAGAGGAUUGCAGCAGAGCUUCGAACCGGAGAACUGAUCAGGGAAUGGUGAUUGCUUCUGUUCAGUUUGUACGCCAAUGCUGGUAGUUGGGAAAGUUUGUUAGCUAUUAUUUUCGUAUAUAGACUUAUUAUAAAAAAGACAAAGUAAACGUUUAACUGAAAGUCCAGCCACGGGCCACGUGUUUGUGCAAUGUGCUGGUCCUGGUCCUGGUUCUUCCUUACAGUUACAAUUAAGGAAAAAAUUUAAAGCCUUCGAUUUCUUUCUAGUUAUGAAUAAAGAAAUAAAAUCUUCAGACCAGAGGAACUGCGAAUGUCUCUCGACCUAUAUAUCAGAUUCAGACCAGAUCAAGGUGAAAGAAUGGAGGAAGAAAAGCGAGUGAAGAGAAGGAUUGUUUUAGUUCCAGUUCCAGCACAAGGUCAUGUCACUCCUAUUAUGCAACUCGGAAAAGCCCUCCACUCCAAAGACUUCUCCAUCACUGUUGUUCAGACACAGUAUAACCGAGUUACCUCUUCCAAAGACUUCUCUGAUUUUCACUUUCUCACCAUCCCAGGUAGUUUAACCGAGUCUGAUCUCAAAAACCUCGGUCCACUCCAGUUUAUGAUGAAGCUCAAUCAAAUCUGUGAGGCGACUUUUAAGCAAUGUUUAGGUCAACUGCUGAAGGAACAAGGUGACCAUGAUGAGGUUGUUUGUGUUGUCUAUGAUGAGUACAUGCAUUUCUCGAAAGCUGCAGCUAUGGAGUUUCAACUUCCUAGUGUUGUCUUCAGUACUACAAGUGCUACUGCCUUUCUCUGCCGCUCUGUUUUAGCCAAAGUCAAUGUAGAGAAGUUCUUGAUCGACAUGAAAGAUGUUGAAAUGCAAGACAAGUUGUUUCCAGGGUUGCAUCCUCUAAGGUACAAGGAUCUACCAACUUCAGCAUUUGGGCCAAUAGAGAGUAUGCUCAGGGUUUACAGUAAAACCGUCAACACUGGAACAGCUUCCGCUGUCAUCAUCAACUCAGCCAGCUGUCUAGAGAGCUCGUCUUUGGCGCGGUUGCAACAAGAACUACAAGUUCCGGUAUAUCCCAUUGGUCCGCUUCACAUCGCAGCUUCUGCACCAUCUAGUCUGCUUGAAGAGGACAGAAGCUGCAUCGAGUGGUUGAACAUGCAGAAGCCAAGAUCAGUUAUGUACAUAAGCUUGGGAAGCUUAGCUCUAAUGGAAACCAAAGACGCCGUGGAGAUGGCUUGGGGGUUGAGUAAUAGCAACCAACCUUUCUUGUGGGUGAUCAGACCCGGUUCCAUUCCUUCCUCGGAGUGGACAGAGUCCUUACCGGAGGAGUUCAGCAAGUUGGUUUCAGAGAGAGGUUACAUUGUGAAAUGGGCGCCGCAGAUGGAAGUUCUCAGACAUCCUGCAGUGGGAGGGUUUUGGAGUCACUGUGGAUGGAACUCAACACUAGAGAGCAUUGGAGAAGGUAUUCCGAUGAUAUGUAGGCCUUUUACUGGGGAUCAGAAAGUGAAUGCGAGGUACUUGGAAAGAGCUUGGAGAAAUGGGGUUCAGUUGGAGGGAGAGCUGGAGAAAGAAGCUGUGGAGAGAGCUGUGAAGAGGUUGCUUGUGGAUGAAGAAGGAGCAGAGAUGAGGAAGAGUGUUGUUGAUUUGAAAGAGAAGCUGGAAGCCUCUGUUAGAAGUGGAGGUUCCUCAUGCAGCUCAUUAGACAACUUUGUUAACUCUUUGAAAACGAAGAAUUUCAUGCAUCAAUAAUAUGAUCUAUAUAGCAAAAUUGUAUCAGAAGAGGUUCAUUUAGCAAUAUGAAUCAAAUGUCAUAAAGAAAAAAAAGGACAUUAUUUUAUUUGAAGAAG